AAUAAUAAAUGUAAUUCCCCCAAAUACGUCUCUACUCUUUCACAACCCAAACUCUUAACUAUUGCUUAACAUUGGCUAUGGCCAUGGCUUUCUCGACCUUUCUAUGUGCUUCUCUUUUGCUCUUUCUUCUCCUCCAACCGGCAGCUCCUUCUUCCGUUGGGGAGCUUUUAUCUCCUCUUCUCUCCCCUGUCUUCGAUAAUAUCUGCAAAGAAGUGCAAUGCGGUAAAGGAACUUGUAAGGCUUCAAGUGACACUGCUUUCUUCUUUGAAUGUGUUUGUCAACCUGGGUGGAAGCAGACUACUUCUGGCCAAACUGAUCACCUCAAAUUUCUCCCUUGUGUGAUUCCCGAUUGUACCAUGGACUACUCCUGCACUAAAGCUCCUUCAGUUCAAGACAAAGAAACCAAACCAAAUGAUACAGUUUUUGAUCCAUGCCGCUGGAGCGAAUGUAGAGCUGGUUCGUGCAACGUAACUUCAGGUUUCACUUACGAUUGCAAUUGUCCAGCCGGUUAUUCCAAUCUUUUGAACAUCUCUAGUUUCCCCUGCUUCAAAUCAUGUGAAAUUGGAAUGGACUGCACAAACCUCGGGUUAUUGCCAUCAAGCAAUUCUUCUUCUUCGACGCCAUCAAUGGCUGACAACAGCAAGAAUCUAGCUAGCUCAAUCGCUCAAGGACAUUCCCUUUGGUUGAUAAUCACAAUGGUGUUCGUUUUGAUGAAUAUAUCGAAUCACAACUAGUAAUGCACUGUGGAUUCUGGAGCCUAUUCUGCAUAGCUUUUGUACAAAUUUCUUAUAGGUGCAUGCUUUUCAUUAUCCACUCCACACGAUCACAUCUUUAUGAUGGAUUUUUGGUUAGCUGUUGCUUUUUAUUUAAUAAAUAAAUUUUCAGUAUCUUAUAAGUGGUGCUCUAGAUUUGAACUUUCAAGUACAGAAACAUACAGAAGGAGAGGUUAUAUUUGGCUGAGCCUUUUUUCCCUGAAAUAUAUUCGGUCAAAUAUGUUAUUUGUUAAUGUGAAAAUGAAGAGAUCUCACUCUAUUUAAACUAUUA